AUGGCUCCUUCUCAAAUGAUGGGUAUCUACCCUGUAGAUUCUAUCGUUGAAGCCUCACACUCGCUUGCCCUUGACCCCCUCGGACCCGGCGCGGCGGACCUCCUCGCUAGCGAUGUCGAAUACCGCAUCCACCUGAUCAUCCAGGAGGCGAGGAAGUUCAUGAUCAAUGGGAAGAGGCAGACGUUGACUCCGGAGGAUAUCGAGUAUGCCAUGGAGGCUUUGAACGUUGAGCCUAUCCUAGUCCCACCCCGCUCUCUCCCAUCCGGACCAUUCGCAGCCGUUCCCAUCCCCUCAGCUUCGGGAGGAACGAACCACAUCUAUCACGUCCCGGACGAAGAGAUUGAUUUCGCUUCAUUCCUGAAGAAACCUCUUCCUACAGGCGUGGCCAACUCGGCUGGUGUCAGCUGGAAGGCGCAUUGGUUGGCUGUAGAAGGGGUACAGCCGGCUGUUCCGGAGAAUCCUGCGCCGAACGCCAAAGCUGGACCCUCCCGCCAACCCCCCGUCCCCCAAACAGGUCCCCCCUCCCUCCGCGCAUCCGCCAAAUCGACCCUCCCGCAAGAGCUCCAAGUCUACUUUACCCGCCUCACCGCCGCCCUCGUCCCCUCCCUCUCCGCCGCCCCCGGACCCCUUCCUGGCCAGCUCGACGCGGAUGGCAACUUGCCCGAUGCGGAGCGACACCGCCAAGCCGCGCUCGCCAGUGUCAAGGAGGACCAAGCGAUGGCGGGCGUGCUGGUGUAUUUCGUCAAGUGGCUGAGUGAGAGUGUGGGGCGGUGUCUGCUGGGUACUAUGGGGACGCUGGGGUGUUUGGUGGAUUGUUUGGGUGCGAUAUUGGGGAAUGAGAGCGUGUUUCUGGAGCCGUAUAUACACCAACUCCUUCCACCCAUUCUCUCCAUCAUCCUCGCCGUCCCCCUCGGUCCCCAAGCCGGAUCAGCGCAACCCUCCGGACCUCAGCCAUCGCCGUACGAUAUCCGCUCCCGGGCAGCCGAUGUGCUGGGUAUGGUCGCUAGGCAAUAUGGCGCUGGAUAUCCUGGAUUGAUACCACGCCUGGUAUCUACCCUCAAAUCCGCUCUCGACUCCUCUCCAUCCCACACUGGUUCCCUAGCGCAUCCUGCGGGACGAUACGAAGGCGCCGUGCUGGGGCUGACCGCACUGGGGGCUUCUGUCGUCCGCGAAACGAUCUGGGCACCAGCUGGGAAUGGUCUGAAAAAGAUCGAUGGGCUGUGUGGAGCGUUGUACCCCGAGGCGGUAGCGGGCAAAGGGAAGGGAAGGGGACUGGUUAAGGCUACCGAGGCCGCACUGCAGAAACUGCUCCGAUCUACCAAUCCCGACUCCAAGCCAUCCGCCCCAGCUACCACACCUGAAGCCAUCGCCGAGGCGUUUGGGCAGAAUCUGGUGGUGAUCAUGACAAAGAAACGAGCGGGUCUAGGCAAUGAGAUGAUUAGGCUGCGAGAGGAGGAGUUGGCCAGGUCAGGCGGAUUGACGGGCGCCAAGGUCGAGGCAGGCGGCGCCGGUGGGGAUGUGGAGAUGAUCUGA